CCGCACGCCCUGUGCUUCCAGUACUAUACCCCCGCCGCCUCCUGGUGUCUCUGCUUCGCUGCGAGCCGGGAGCGCGGCCGCCACUGCCGCUGCGGCUGCGGCUGGGCGAAUGCGCGGGCGGCGGGGCGCGGGGCAGCGCUGAGCGGCGCGGAGCAGCGCGGAGCGGGGCUCUCCCCUGGCCCGCCCCGGCUGCGGGCAGCCCGGGCCCCGGGCCGGGGCCGCCGCGAUGGACCCUCCCGCGGGCAUCGCCUGCGUCCUGCUCUGCUGCGCGCUCGCCCUGCCCGCCGGCGCCCUGCGGCGCCCCGGGGACAGAGAUUCAAUCCUGAGGAAUAUAGAGGAGUACAGCCUUGUCAUCCCCACCAGCACCGAUUCCGAGGGCAGGUUCCUAUCCCACUUGGUGUCUGGACCGCCAAAAGCACGCUUCAGGAGAGCUGCGGAGGACUUGCAACAUGAAGCAGCAAAUGAGCAAAUAUUUUACAAUGUCACUGUUUUUGGAAGAGAGUUUCACUUCAGGUUGCGGCCAAACUCCAGGCUCGUGGCCCCUGGAGCAACAGUUGAGUGGCAGGAGGACUCUGAGGAGACUCRUAUCGAACCUCUCUAUGGGAAUUGCCUCUAUGUUGGGGAUAUCACUGAUCUGCCAAACGCUUCAGUCGCUAUCAGCAAUUGCGAUGGGCUGGCUGGCAUGAUUCGCACGGACAAGGACGAGUUCUUCAUCGAACCCCUGGAGAGRGGGGCCCAGGAGGAGGAGGAGGGAGGAGGCAGAACACACGUGGUUUAUCGCAGAGCAGCUGCCAAGCAGCAGCUUCCUCUUGAGAGCCUGGAUACCGUGUACAGAGCCUCCAACCUGAGUGGUUUGGGCAGCCUGGACAGCGCUCUGGGUCUGGUGGAAGAGCGUUUGCAGAAAUCGAGGCAGCGCCGUCGAAGGCACGCGACRGAGGACGAUUACAACAUCGAGGUGCUCCUGGGGGUGGAUGACUCCGUGGUUCAGUUCCACGGGAAGGAACACGUCCAGAAGUACCUGCUGACCUUGAUGAACAUUGUUAAUGAGAUUUAUCAUGAUGAGUCCCUGGGUGCUCACAUUAACGUUGUCUUGGUGAGGAUAAUCCUGCUGAGCUACGGCAAGUCCAUGAGUCUGAUAGAGAUCGGGAACCCCUCACAGAGUCUGGAGAAUGUGUGUCGCUGGGCUUACUUGCAGCAGAAACCCGACACCGGGCACGCGGAGUAUCACGACCAUGCCAUCUUCCUCACCAGGCAGGAUUUUGGUCCUUCGGGCAUGCAAGGCUAUGCUCCUGUCACUGGGAUGUGUCAUCCUGUCCGGAGCUGCACUCUCAACCAUGAGGAUGGAUUUUCAUCUGCGUUUGUGGUGGCUCAUGAAACCGGACAUGUUUUAGGAAUGGAGCACGACGGCCAAGGGAACCGCUGUGGGGACGAGGUCCGCCUGGGCAGCAUCAUGGCCCCGCUGGUGCAGGCCGCCUUCCACCGCUUCCACUGGUCCCGCUGCAGCCAGCAGGAGCUGAACCGCUACCUCCACUCCUACGAUUGUCUGCGGGAUGAUCCCUUCGAACACGACUGGCCUUCCCUUCCACAGCUGCCAGGGAUUCACUACUCCAUGAAUGAGCAGUGCCGSUUUGACUUUGGCCUGGGAUACAUGAUGUGCACAGCUUUUCGUACAUUUGACCCCUGCAAGCAACUGUGGUGCAGCCACCCCGAGAACCCCUAUUUCUGCAAAACAAAGAAAGGGCCUCCGCUGGACGGGACCAUGUGUGCACCAGGAAAGCACUGCUUUAAAGGUCACUGCAUCUGGCUCACUCCAGACAUCCUGAAGCAGGACGGGCACUGGGGGGCAUGGAGCAAGUUUGGCUCYUGCUCCCGCACGUGUGGCACCGGGGUGAAGUACAGGACCCGGCAGUGUGACAACCCCCAUCCUGCCAACGGAGGCCGCACGUGCGUGGGGCCGAGCUAUGAGUUCCAGCUCUGCAACACYCAGGACUGCCCCAAGGACUUGGAGGAUUUCAGAGAGGAGCAGUGCCGSCAGUGGGACCCUUACUUUGAGUACCAGAACACGAAACAUCACUGGCUCCCCUACGAACAUGUCGAUGCUAAGGAGAGGUGCCACCUGUACUGYGAAUCGAAGGAGACAGGGGAUGUGGUGUACAUGAAAAGGAUGGUGCACGACGGGACCCGCUGCUCCUACAAGGACGCGUACAGCGUCUGCGUGCGGGGGGACUGCCUGAAAGUCGGGUGUGACAGGGUCAUAGGUUCCACGAAGCAGGAAGAUAAGUGUGGUGUCUGUGGAGGAGAUAAUUCCCACUGCAAGGUGGUGAAAAGAACAUUUUCAAGAGUACCAAAGAAGCAAGGGUAUGUUAAGAUGUUUGAAAUUCCUGCUGGUGCGAGACAUUUACUCAUCCAGGAAACAGAUGCCACUGCUCAUAAUCUCGCUAUUAAAAACCGUGAAACAGGGAAAUUCAUUCUAAGUGAAGACAACUAUGUGCCAGACUCUAAAGUAUUUAUUGACAUGGGUGUGGAGUGGGAAUAUCGGAAUGACGAUGACAGAGAAACGGUGCAGACCAUGGGGCCACUGCGCAAUGCAAUCGUUAUUCUGGUGAUUCCUCACGGUGGUGCCAAGAUAUCUUUGACUUACAAGUACAUGAUCCAUGAAGACUCCUUGAAUGUAGAUAACAAUAAUGUUUUGGAAGAGGACUCAGUGUCAUAUGAAUGGGCUUUGAAGAAAUGGUCCCAAUGUUCAAAACCUUGUGGAGGAGGCUACCAGCUCACCAAGUACGGCUGCCGCAGGAAGACCGACCACAAGAUGGUUCAUCGCAGCUUCUGCGAGCUGAUCCCAAAGCCCAAACCCAUCCGCAGGGUGUGCAACCUCCAGGAGUGCUCCCAGCCCAUAUGGGUCACAGGAGAAUGGGAGCCUUGCAGCAAAUCCUGUGGGAAGACAGGGUACCAAGUGCGGUCUGUGCGCUGCAUCCAACCCCUCCACGACAACACAAACCGCUCUGUCCACACCAAGUACUGCAACAACGACCGCCCCGAGGGCAGGAGGCCCUGCAACAGGGAGCUGUGCCCAGCACAGUGGAGAAUAGGACCCUGGUCACAGUGCUCUGUCACCUGUGGCAAUGGCACCCAGGACCGCCCGGUGCUGUGCCGCACCAGGGACAACGCCAUCGGCCUGUGCAAAGACAAGAAACCAGAGACCCUAAGGAUCUGCAGACUACCUCCCUGCCCCAGAAACGCUUCUGAUCCUUCAAAGAAAACCUACAUGAUACAAUGGCUGUCAAGACCYGAUCCAGACUACCCCAUCCAGAAAAUAUCUUCAAAAGAUCAUUGUCAAGGAGACAAGUCAAUGUUUUGUCGCAUGGAAGUUCUGUCCCGCUACUGCUCCAUUCCUGGCUACAAUAAGCUGUGUUGCAAGUCCUGCAACACUUACAGCAACACCACGGAGGACGGCAAUGUAACUGAUGCCAAUGUAAAUAAGAAUAAURUCAUUGAGGAGGAGCUCCGGACCACCCUCAGCCCUCCCGUGGGAGUGCCCACAGCACAAUCUGCCACCAGCCCUCCUCUGGGUCCCAAAACACGGGCACCCCCUUCCAACGGGACCGAGGAGCACCCCGAGAUCAAYGCGGUGGAUGUUCCCUACAAAGUCGAUGGGUUGGAUAACGAAGUUCCGCAGCACAACAUCAUUACACGGAGGAGGCCUUAUGAAAGGACAAGGAAUCAAAGAAUUCAGGAGCUGAUUGMUGAGAAAAUGAAGAGAGAGACUCUUAGGAAAAUAAACUAAAACGGAAAUAUGGCACAAACAACAUUUUUCUCUUAUAGAGAUGCUACCAACGUCAUAGUAUUGGCCAUCGUAGAGACUAAAAAUGGGGAAAAAUCAAAGUGGUGCUAUGGCAGAGAUACCAAAUUCUCAAGCCUACUAUAAAUGGAAAUGACAGAUUGUUUCAUAAGUGCUAAUCUGAACACUUUGAUGGCUAGGAUAGGUGUACAGGGUACGGCAGAGUAUUAGUGCAAUAUCCCUACAGUGUCCCACUGAACCCACACUAACCACAUUCCUUAGGCCAGGUUAGCAGCUUUCUCAGUUAUGGGCUCAUGAAAGCCUUCUAUGCCUGUGUAAAACUGCUCGGGAAUAGUAACAGGAGUCACACUUUGUAUGGAGGAGAGCAGUCCCAGACAUAAUAAAUCCCUUUAACAGCGACAAGCAGGGGGUCAGCAAUSCUGUGAUGUUUCUGUGCAUUGCACAAACCCUGGCACCAGCACAGCCCGCUUUGGGAAGCUCCUUCAGGACAUGCCAGGCUCGGUUUGGCUCCCUUUGGCAGAGCUGCCUCUGUGGUCACAGCUCAGCAUGUGCUCACGUAGCUUCCCGAAGCAGGACUGUGUAAGAAAAUAUAGAGAAAUUUCUGUAGCCAUAUAUUUAUGUGUAAAUUAAAAACUGACAAACAGUAGUUUACAUACUUCCAUAAACAAUUUCAAAGGAUUCUCCUAAACUUUUSGACACAUGCAAGACAUUUAGUAGGGUAGAUCUGGCCAACUUGGACUGACAACAUCCUAGUCUUUCUGUUUACAAUUAUCCAUAUUUUUAUAGUCUUUAAGUUCCUGUAAUGCAACAGCCUCAGUGAUCAUUAUUGGUUGGUGCUUUUUUUAUUGGUCUGGUUUUUUUUUCUACCCACAUUCUGUUUAACUUAAARAUGACUGGAUCCUUGUCUUUUCUUUGGUGCUUUGUUAAGAAAAAGAUUUUUUUYCCCCCACAUAGGAUGCAGUUAUUUUUGAUGAAAUAAUUUUAUAUUAUCUACCUUUCCUUAGGACAACUUUAUUGGUGCAGAAGUGAACAACUGUUUGCUGUGCACUUACACAAUCAGACACACAUGCACGUGUAUUCACAGCACCRGGUCUGCUAGAAAACUUUGAGAUGUGUAACCUGACAACCCUUUGAGUACUUUCUUUCCCCUCAUGGUUUUCAUAGGUCAUUUUGAAUUCCUGGUUGGAGAACAGAGGAUGAAUCCAGCUUGGCUGUAACACUGCCAAGACAGGGAGCAUUGGCUGGUUCCUGCUGUGGGUGGCAUCUGAGCAGUUUUUUCCUGGCUUGGACCUUUCCACUUGUUUCCUCUUUGCUGGUAAAACUCCUGCAGAGCCUGGGGCUUCCCUGAAAUCCUCUCUUUACCACUAGGUAGGUCUGGUGGCUCCAAGUUCAGAUUUUCCAGUCUGGGAGGAAGAUGUCACCCUCCAGCCUGAGCUGGUCCUGGUUUAUAGAAUAGAAUCACACAAUUACUGGGAAUGUGCUGCUUUCCCAGCAAGGUGGGAGCUCUUCUCUGGCCCAGCUGCAGGCAAAGAGCUUCACAGGCAUUGCAAAGUGAGCCACGUGUGACUCCCUGUGACCCUACCCCUUGUCCUUGACCACCACGGCUGAAUGAGCUGCCAGACUCCUCUUCCAAAGGAGCCUCUCCUGCUGGGAAGGAGGCGAGGAAUGCAGGAUCCUCAGGAUUCACAGCACCUGCAUGGGGAACUGUUCUGACCUGAACUGUGGCCAGAAGUCUUUGAAACACAAGACCUGGUCUAAGAAAAAUACUUCAUGGAGGUACUAGCCCAAGGAGGAAAGGAGUGUUUU